UUGAACUCACCAUUUCACCGGAAGUGACCUACCAAAGGAGACCGGAAAACAGCUGAAAAUCGAAGCCUUGUCAAAAAUAUAAACAAUAAAAAAGGAUCAAGUUCAGAUUACAGCAACAAACUGAGGAGACACAUUUGAAGAUCGUGGUUUCUGCAUGUGCUGACCAGCCCAUUGAUCAGCAAAAUGAGCAGCGGGGGAGCUGGGGAAAGCGGAAAAGUUCCAAAGAUUGGUUCUGUAGUCGAGGUGAUAGGAAAGGAGCAGCGUGGCACUGUUGCCUUCAUUGGCGUGACCCUAUUUGCUGCUGGGAAAUGGGUGGGUGUCAGACUCGAUGAACCCAAAGGCAAGAAUGACGGCACCGUCCAGGGGAAGCGCUACUUCACCUGUGAGGAAAACCAUGGAAUAUUUGUCAGGCAGUCUCAGAUCCAUGUCAUUGAUGAUGGCUCCAGUGCAACCUCUCCAGACACUCCCGAGUCUGGUGCUGCCAAGAGCCUUAGACAGAAAGAUAUUCCAGAGACUCCCAAAACAUCUAAACAGACACCUACGAGCAUUAAGAAGUCCUCUACCCGCCGUUCUGCCAAGUGGAGCACGCCACGGCGUCUAGCACCAGCCACUUCCCUCCCCUCCCUCUUGGUACGCCCUCCUGGCCGCUCCUGUCUACCACUCAUGACUUCCCGUGACAGUCUGUCAUCUGGCGACGUCAGCGAGGUGAGCCUGUCCACUCCCCAGGGUGCGCUGGGUGUUCCAGUCAUCCCUCAGCCCGGUGGAUCGUCCACAGCGGCAGCGACAUCUGUUCCUGCUACUCCCAGCAAGGCGGAACCUACCAUUUCCAAACAGGAGGAGGAGUCACUGCGGGCGCAGGUCAAGGACCUGGAGGAGAAGCUGGAGACGCUGAAGAUGAAGCGCACGGAGGACAAGGUCAAACUGAAGGAGCUGGAGAAGCACAAGAUUCAACUGGAGCAACUUCAAGAGUGGAAGACCAAAAUGCAGGAACAGCAGGCCGACCUGCAGAAGCAACUCAAAGAAGCCAAGAGGGAAGCACGUGACGCUCAGGAGGCCAAGGACCGCUACAUGGAAGAGAUGUCUGACACGGCAGAUGCCAUUGAGAUGGCAACUCUAGACAAAGAGAUGGCUGAAGAGCGAGCAGAGUCACUGCAGGUGGAGGUGGACACACUGAAGGAGAAAGUGGAGGAACUCUCCAUGGAUCUGGAGAUCCUUCGACACGAGAUUUCGGAGAAAGGUUCAGAUGGUGCUGCCUCCAGUUACCAUGUUAAACAGCUCGAGGAGCAGAACAGCAGGUUAAAGGAGGCUUUGGUCAGGAUGCGUGACCUGUCUGCCUCUGAGAAACAGGAGCAUGUGAAGCUGCAAAAGCAGAUGGAGAAGAAGAACACAGAGAUGGAGACCCUGAGGACUCAGAAGGAGAAAUUGCAGGAGGAGGUCAAGCAGGCCGAGGCCACAGUCGAUGAACUAAAAGAACAGGUGGAUGCUGCCCUUGGUUCAGAGGAGAUGGUUGAGACUCUGACAGAGAGGAAUCUUGACCUUGAGGAGAAAGUCCGAGAGCUGAGAGAAACUGUGACUGAUCUGGAGGCAAUUAAUGAAAUGAAUGACGAGCUCCAGGAGAAUGCCAGGGAGACUGAAAUGGAGCUGAGAGAGCAGCUGGACCUGGGCACCGCAAAGGUCAGAGAGGCGGACAAGAGGGUGGAGGCUGCCCAGGAGACCGUGGCUGAUUACCAGCAGACCAUCAGCAAAUACAGAGAGCUCACUAGCAGACUACAGGAGGCCAACAAAGAGCUGAUGACUCAGCAGAGUGCAAGUACUGAACAAGUACAACAACCUCCCGCAGAACUUUUUGACUUCAAGAUCAAAUUUGCAGAAACAAAAGCGUAUGCCAAGGCCAUUGAGAUGGAGCUAAGGAAAAUGGAGGUGGCUCAGCUGAAUCGCCAAGUAUCUCUGCUCACUUCCUUCAUGCCCGAUUCCUUCCUCCGUCACGGUGGAGACCAUGACUGCAUACUGGUGCUCCUGCUCAUCCCCAGGAUUAUUUGCAAGGCUGAACUCAUCAGCAAACAGGCGCAGGAAAAGUUUGACUUGAACGGGAACCCGGCCCAAGGCACAGCACUCAAGGGUCCUCCGGGAGAACAGCGUAGUUUUGCUUCAGGACUGGUGUACUCCCUCAGUUUGCUGCAGGCCACCUUGCACAAAUAUGAGCAAGCUCUGAAUGUGUGCACAGUGGAGGUUUUUAAGCGAAUGGGUACGCUCUACUCUGAAAUGAGCUUCCACGAGCGAUCUCUGGAUUAUUUCAUCGACUUGCUGCACAAAGACCAACUGGAUGAGACUGUUCAGGUGGAACCGCUGACCAAGGCCAUCAAAUAUUACCAGCAAUUAUACAGCGUUCAUCUGGCAGAUCACACAGAGGACUGCACAGUCCAACUGGCUGACCAUGUUAAGUUUAUCCAGAGUGCUCUGGACUGUAUGGGAGUGGAGGUAGCUCGUCUGAGGGCAUUCCUAGCAGCAGGCCAGGAAAACUCUACGCUGGCUGUUCUCCUGAAGGACCUGGACACUUCCUGCUCAGACAUCAAACAGUUCUGCAAGAAGAUCCGACGUCGCAUGCCCGGUACAGAUGCUGUCGGUGCACCCGCUGCUCUCAAUUUUGGACAACAGGUGUCCGAAGGGCUGACUGAGUGCAGACGUCAACUGACCCGUGUGGUCGCCGUGCUCCAGGAAGUGGCAGCAGCUGGAGCUCAGAUGGUCGCUCCGCUUGGUGAUCAGGAAGGAUUGAAUGCUCUUAAACUGGAGGAUACUGCCUGCAAGGCUGUGGAACAGGUGUAUGGUGCUCAUGGGCUGAAUGGUCCCGAGUGCCUACGUCAGUCUUGCAGAGCUAUCAUCGCAACAAUGAACAAGACGGCCACAGCCAUGCAGGAAGGAGAGUACGAUGCAGACAAACCACAGGGCAAGAGUCCUCCAGUGGAAACGAGAGCAGCCACGGUCAGAGCUGAGAUGACUGAUGCUGAGGGACUUGGAGUUAAACUAGAAGACAGAGAAACCGUCAUCAAGGAGCUUAAGAAGUCCCUCAAAAUCAAGGGAGAAGAACUGAGUGAGGCUAAUGUCCGUCUGAGCCUGCUUGAGAAAAAGCUGGACACGUCCACCAAGGAUGCAGAUGAACGUGUGGAGAAGAUCCAGACCAAACUGGAUAAGAACCUCGACUUGCUGAAAAAGAAAGAAAAGGAAUUUGAAGAGACGAUGGAUGCUCUCCAAGCUGACAUCGACCAGCUGGAAGCAGAAAAGGCUGAGCUGAAACAGCGCAUCAAUAAUCAAUCAAAGAUGACCAUAGAAGGCUUGCGUGGCAUGCCUGCUUCUGGAAUUGCCUCUGCCGUAGGACCAGCAGGGAGUUUGUCCCAGAUAUCAGGACCAAUGCAAGUGGUGGACUCUCCUCUUCUCCAGCAGCAGCUUGAAGCUCAGAGACUCGGCAUUAAACGCCUCAAGAACGAAAAUAAUAGACUUAAGGCGGAGAAGAUGAGCGCACAGCUGGCCUCCCUACCGCCUCUCUACCCUCCCAAACUGCCUAAGAUGUCCAAAGAGAGCUCCACACCACCUGAAGGACUUAAUACAGGCAUCUACCGCAGGACCGACCAGCUGCUAGCGACCCUUCUUAAACUGAGUGCAGAGGUCAAAGUGGUGGACAUUACCGGGAAGACGUCAGUCAGCGCCAGCUCCCAGCUGCUGGAGCAAACCGCACGGCUACAAAACCUCAGCGAUGCUCUGGCCAAACUCAAGGGUGAAGUAGCAGAACACGUGGUGUCCCAUCAGCCUGGAGCAAAAGCUGCAUCGGACUUUGCCACCUUCCCUGUCUCCUCAUUCGUCAAGGCCAAAGAAGAGAAGAAUGGCGGAACAGUGUUUGUGGGCCGUGUCGCCAUUCCUUGCAGCCGGGGACAAGAACAAGUCCACCGUCUUGUCCUGUCACAGCAGCAGCUGCAAAAUGUGCACCGCCUCCUCAUGGCCUGAAGCAACUCUUUUUUUACUUUUAUUCCUAUCCGUACUUUGAUAUUUUCUCAUAUAUAGUUAAUAUGGAUAAUAGAAGAUUCAGUGAUUUGGAUUUAACUUGUCACUGCUACAUUUUUCACUUUACAGGGGAAAUUAGAUAAAUCGUUGUACACAGGUGCAAUGAAUUUAAAUCUGGUGCAAAAGUGACAUGAUUACAGGAGUUCAAAUCAGACUAAGAGACCAAUUAAAGGGUUGUGAGGUUUUUGCAGUACAUUUGCGGAUUGCAGCACAAACCAGGGGUUUACAAUACUGGAAUUAACCAUUUUUAGGCCUACUGAAUGUGGAGCUUUCAUCAGUUGUAACCUAUCAUCAAAAUGUAUACUUAUAUUACAGAAAACACAAUUUGUUGUAUUUGUAAUAGUUCCUAUAAUAAAAAGCAACCACUUGA